AUGUUGCUACUCUUCGUUUACCUUGUUCUAAAUCUGAUACUUAAUCAGGUGCAGACAGCUUCCAAUCAGCCUUCAUUACGUAGUAAAUUUACAAAGAUAUCUGUUGAUUCCGAUGCCGAUAUCAUCUCAAAUCUCACGGGCUGGCUUUCUUCAGAUGCAACUCUGUGUUUGGAUGUAUAUGUGAAAAGGAUAAUAACGACAGCUCGUACAACCAUAACCGUUAAAUACAAGGUUGAGGACUCGGAGAAUUACCUUACACUGUUAAACUAUGAUGUUGACACCUGUAAAACACUGAAAGAUCUAAUGCAAGUCGGUCUGACGAGCAUUUGGUUUCGCAACGUGAGCAAAUAUGGAAAUUUCAGCUCAAGUUGUCCGAUUAAACCUGGUUACUAUCACAUGCGAAAUUUUCAACUGGAGAGCAAAAGCAUUCCGGUUUAUCUAAGACCAGGCAACUAUCGCAUUAAGGUUUUCAACUAUAAUGGCAAACCGAAUACCAAUACCAAAGCC